AUGAAGCUCCUCCCCACCCUCGUUGCCGGUGCCCUGGCCCUUACCACCUCUGUUCAGGCUGCCAACUGCAAUGCUGGCCUGAACUACUGCGCCAAUAUUCUGAAAAGUAUCGAUUUAAAGUACAUUAACUUGAUGACUGCCGCCAUUGCGGAGAAAUAUACCGAGUUCAAUUCGGCUAUUGCCCACCCGAUGUACUACCUGUGGCACUGCAAUGCCGAUGGAUCCGUCAGUAUUGUGGAAAAAUGUACUUGGGGCUGCGAGGAUGCAGGUCCUGGAAAUAGUGAUUACUGCUCAUGA